AAAGCAAGGCCUUCUGCCCAGCUUGGAGGACUUGCUGUUCUAUACCAUUGCAGAAGGGCAAGAGAAAAUACCAGUUCAUAAGUUCAUUACGGCUCUCAAAUCUACGGGUUUACGUACCUCUGAUCCAAGGCUGAAAGAAUGUAUGGAUAUGCUAAGACUGACUCUACAGACAACCUCUGAUGGCGUCAUGCUAGAUAAAGAUCUCUUUAAAAAGUGUGUUCAAAGCAAUAUCGUCUUGCUUACUCAGGCUUUCCGGCGGAAGUUUGUGAUCCCAGAUUACGUGUCCUUUACCUCUCAUAUUGAUGAACUGUACGAGAGUGCUAAAAAGCAAUCUGGAGGAAAGGUCGCUGAUUAUAUUCCCCAGCUGGCAAAGUUCAGUCCUGAUCUGUGGGGAGUGUCUGUUUGCACAGUGGAUGGACAAAGGCACUCCGUCGGAGAUACCAAAGUCCCGUUUUGUCUUCAAUCCUGCGUAAAGCCUCUGAAGUACGCGAUCGCUGUUAAUGACCUUGGCACCGAAUACGUACACAGAUACGUUGGCAAAGAGCCGAGCGGACUGAGAUUCAACAAAUUGUUCCUUAACGAAGAUGACAAACCUCACAAUCCUAUGGUGAACGCUGGAGCGAUUGUGAUCACCUCCUUGAUCAAGCAAGGAGCUAAUAAUGCAGAGAAAUUUGACUAUGUGAUGCAGUUCAUGAAUAAGAUGGCCGGAAAUGAAUAUGUUGGAUUCAGUAAUGCCACGUUCCAGUCCGAAAGAGAAAGUGGAGACCGAAACUUUGCUAUAGGCUAUUAUCUAAAAGAGAAGAAGUGUUUUCCAGAAGGUACAGAUAUGGUUGGCAUCCUGGACUUCUACUUUCAGCUGUGCUCCAUUGAAGUGACCUGCGAGUCGGCCAGUGUAAUGGCAGCAACCCUGGCAAAUGGUGGAUUCUGCCCGAUCACCGGCGAGAGGGUCCUAAGUCCCGAAGCCGUUCGGAACACCCUCAGUUUGAUGCAUUCCUGCGGCAUGUAUGAUUUCUCAGGACAGUUCGCCUUUCACGUCGGCCUUCCUGCAAAGUCGGGGGUCGCUGGCGGCAUUAUCUUGGUGGUCCCUAAUGUGAUGGGGAUGAUGUGCUGGUCGCCUCCUCUGGACAAGAUGGGCAACAGCGUGAAAGGGAUCCACUUCUGCCACGAACUGGUUUCUCUGUGCAAUUUCCAUAAUUAUGACAACUUGCGGCACUUUGCAAAGAAGCUCGAUCCUCGCCGAGAAGGGGGUGAUCAGCGGGUGAAAUCUGUCAUAAACCUCUUGUUUGCUGCCUACACGGGAGACGUCUCAGCACUGAGGAGAUUUGCGUUGUCAGGCAUGGAUAUGGAGCAGAGAGACUACGACUCCCGGACGGCAUUGCACGUCGCUGCCGCAGAAGGUCACGUAGAGGUAGUUAAAUUUCUGCUGGAAGCCUGCAAAGUGAAUCCUUUCCCCAAAGACAGAUGGAACAACACUCCUAUGGAUGAAGCUUUACACUUUGGACACCACGAUGUGUUUAAAAUUCUUCAGGAGUAUCAAGUCCAGUACACCCCUCCAGAAGACUCCAGCAACGGAAAGGAAAAUCAAACUGUACAAAAAAACCUAGACGGCUUACUAUAAUAACCCUCUUCUUCUAGAUCCAAGAAUCAAAUCACCUAUCUUAUUUAAUUGUGGAGAAUUGAUUAUGGAGAGCGCGUGUGUUUCUAUUGGAUAGUGAUGUAUAUUUUACAGAAGUAUCUCUUUGUUUCAGUGUUACUGGAGUUUUCUUCAUUAACGCACACGGGGACAAAUCUCAUUUUUUCUCAGAAA